GUUGUUAGUUAUGUCACGUGAUAUAACCUCAAUUACAUUUUAAUAAAUACCUCAUACUGUCCACAUAAAACGCAUUUGUAACCUUACUUUGUAACUCGUUAUGUUUUCUUUUAAAUUUUGGACGUAGGCUUUUCACACAAACUCGAAAAACAUUCUUUCUCUAACGAUCGUUUACAACAACAUCUCACGAGAUUUCGUAUCAAGCCAUCAUGGCGGACAAAGCGGGAGAAGUACCCUCUGAGCCCCAAAUAGGAGUCGAUAACAUGCAGAACAGGCAGGAUCCAGAAACAAAGGAAGCAGCAAAACCAGAUGGAGAAGGUGUGGAAGAUACAAUGUCUGUUGAUGACGAUGGAGUCGAAUCAGAAUGUUAUUGUGAUAAAGGAAGAAAUCUUGGGACUGUAGAGCUUCAGUGUGGAUUCUGCUAUCGGUGGUUCCAUCAGGAGUGUAUAACCUGCCAGUUAGGAACAGCCAUACCUUUUAUGACAAAUUACCAGUUCACCUGUAGAGGUUGCAGUCCUACUAGCUUAGAAAAUUUCUCAAAGAAAGUAUCAAGUUUUUCCCAGAUCUGUUUUACUGCCAUUGCUAAUCUUGUUCGUGAAUCCCAAUUCAGCGGGGAAAACAGACUCAUGUUCUCCAGAGACAGGGAGAUAAUUCCUUUUAUUGACAAACAAUGGGAAAAUCUGACCACUCAGAGCAGGCGUACUAAACAAACAUGGCACUCCACGGUCGCCAAAACUCUGUCUAAGGAGACAGAGCUGUACACCUAUAAAGAAGAAGUGUUGGGAGAUCCCCAUUUUGGCCUGACGGAGCCA